CACAUAUGAUCCGUCGAAAAGAAGUGGGGGCGAGAGAAAGACUAAAAACAAAAGCCUCAUCCACAUCCGACUUCUCCAGAACCGGACGGCCUGAUCUCCUACUGACCAUGUGGCUCUACAGUUUCUUCCAAGGACUCGACCUGACAAGGCUUCUUUUGUUUGCCUUUCUCUUCCUGCUUAUUGCAGACUUCAUGAAAAACAGGAACCCUCCAAAUUUCCCACCUGGACCAUGGGGCCUCCCUUUUCUAGGAGUGUUUUUCCACAUGGACCAUGGCCGUCCGCAAGAAUAUUUGACCAAGCUUUCAGAAACAUAUGGGAAUAUUUUCAACAUUCGCCUUGGUUUUAGCAAGAUAGUGGUUGUUUGUGGGUACAAGACGGUGAAGGAAGCCAUUGUGACUAACGCAGAGAACUUUGUGGAUCGGCCAUAUAGCCCAAGCGCUGACAGGUUUUACUCUGGAACAGCAGAUGGUCUGUUCCAGAGCAAUGGGGAAAUAUGGAAGAAGCAGCGGCGCUUUGCAUUAUCAACCUUACGAACCUUUGGACUUGGAAAGAAUAUCACAGAGCAGAGCAUUUGUGAAGAGGUCGUGCACCUGCAGGAGGAAUUGGCCAAAGAAAAAGGUGCGGCUUUUUGCCCAGCCGGACUGUUUAACAACGCAGUAUCUAACAUCAUCUGCCAACUGGUGAUGGGGAAGCGCUACGAGUACAGUGAUCACACCUUCAGGACCAUGCUCACACGUCUGUCGAAUAUUUUAAAAGAUGAAGGCACCAUAUGGGCUCAACUGUACGAAACGUUCCCCUGGCUGAUGAAGCACUUGCCUGGACCUCACAACAACAUGUUCCAGGACUUCAUUGACCUCCAAGAAUUCUUUGGCGAGGAGGUCAAGCGACACAAGCAGGACUUGGACCACAAUAAUCCUCGAGACUAUAUAGACAGUUUCCUCAUUGAGAUGGAGAAUUCCAAAGAAUCCACUUUGGGCUUCACGGAGGCCAACCUGGUUCUAUGUUCUUUGGAUCUGUUCAUAGCGGGAACAGAGACAACCUCGACUACAUUGCAGUGGGCUUUGAUUUACCUUGUCAGACAUCCAGAGAUACAAAAGAAGGUCCAGGCUGAGAUAGACCAGGUGAUUGGACAGAACCGGCUGCCCGCCAUGUCUGAUAGAGCCAACAUGCCGUUCACGGACGCAGUCGUCCAUGAGAUCCAGAGGAUUGGAAACAUUGUUCCUCUGAAUGGAUUGAGAGUUGCUUCAAAAGACGUCACACUUGGCGGGUACUUCAUACCAAAGGGAACCACUCUGCUGCCCAUGCUGACCUCUGUGCUGUACGACAAGAACGAGUGGGAAACUCCAGACUCCUUCAACCCAGGACACUUCCUCGACUCUCAUGGGAGGUUUGUGAAGCGAGACGCAUUCCUCCCGUUUUCUGCAGGGAAGCGGGUGUGUCUCGGAGAAGGGCUGGCCAAGAUGGAGCUCUUCCUGUUUUUGGUGGGUUUACUACAGAAGUUCUCCUUCGCUGCUCCUGAAGGUGUGGAGCUGACCACUGACAGCAUCAUAGGGACCACAAACGUGCCGAAGCCUUUCAAGGUCCACGCCAAGGUCCGCUGAGUGACUCAGCAUGUUGAUAACAUGAAGAAAAAAAAAGUUUAAAUCCUGCUUGUAAAUUUGACCGUCAUGAGUUUUGUUGAACAAUUGCAUCAUGUAUUUUACUAUAUAUUUUAUUUUAUAAUAUUUUACUCGAUUGACAUGUCAGUCAUAUCCCUCAAAUGACUGUACCUAGAACAACGUUGUUUAAACAUUUAAACAUUUUCAGUUCAUUCAUUUGGAGAGCCAUGGAAAUAAAGUCC